UAUAUAUAAGGAUCGUUUAUAUUUCUUGUGUGUUUCAUACAACAAAAUAGUAUUAAAGAAAUUUGGAUCAUAUCAGCAAAAAAGAAGAUUAAUUAUCAUGAAGUUCUGUCAGAAUAUUUUCCUUUUGUGUACGCUUUUGUCAUGUUUCCUGCCGUAUUUUGUCGAAGGAUUACAUCGACAUUAUAAUCACCACGAAUGCUUGCCUGUCAACGCGUAUCUGUUCUUGGAUAAUAGCAUAGGUGAUGAUGUUGAUGUGCAAAAAAAUAAUAUUUAUAAGAUCAUGAACAAUACUCAUGAUGGUAGUAACAUUCAAGUAGACACGUUAAACCAUACGUCAAUAAUAACUCUAACAGAAGGUGUCAAAAACGAAAAGAACAUGUUAAAAUGGCCCAAGAUCAUCCACUUUUUUCCCAAAGGGACGACGGGUGUAAUUUCAGCAACGAGUUUGAUCAAUUCUGUAUCAGUCUAUCAAAGUGGACACACAAAUGCAGCAAUAGAGUUGUUUCUUGUGGUAAAUGAUAAAACGAGAGUGGAUGAUGAAGAAAGACUAAUUGAAGGACUAAAGAGUAUGAAAACAUUUAUUGUUUAUUAUGGGAAGAAAAGUCCGUCUACAUUUUGGCAUUGCCUUGCCACAGAUAAAACCCACUUCCUAAACCUCAAGUUCAACGAUAAUCUUGAAGGUCACAUACAGUCGUUUCUACGCUUAUCUUGUCAAGACUCAUACCUGAAGUGCACCAACGACAUGUACUGGACCAGACAUGGGUGUAAAACAUGUACAUACAUCUGCUCUAGGGAGUCGUCAGAAGAUCCGCAAUUUUGUCGGGAAUCUUGUCCAUAUUUUCGCGAAACAAAGGACGAAAUCAAGUGCAACGGAAGUUCAAUGGUGAAGUCUUACAAUAGUGAGGUCUAUUUGCUGUUGUUGUUGGUAGUAUUUGUUAUAUAUUAAAAUGUAAGCAGUUUAGAAGAUGACAUUGUACACAGUAUCCAAUUUCAAAACGUUUUAAUUAUGUGGCGGAAUUGGAGAUCUGAAGUCUUUGUUUUGUUUAUCAAUUUGUUUUACCAAAGAAUAAUCCGUUCACAAAAUGUGCUGUUAUUAUUCUUAAAAGUGGGAACAACGAUUUUGUUGUGACCUUUAAUAAUUUCUCGUUGACAAUUAAGUGAUUGAUUAUUGUAAUCAAGCAGAAUGAAGAUUUGCUAGAUUUUUCAAGAUUUAUUUUCACUCAGAAACAUUUGCAAUACAUACAUAUUAUAUUUUAUUUUCAAUUGUUUCGUAUCAUUUCGUAUCAUAUCAUUAUUUCUUGGUAAAUAAAUAUCUCUUUUGAAUAAUAUUAAGGUUAAUGAUGAAAAAUUAUAGUUUGAAAUUUAUGGUUAAUUCUGAAACGAGUGUAUAAUUGAUUUGAAGGGGAAAAAACGAUAUUCAUCAAUAUGAACUGCGUCGUAUCUAUAUAACUUCAUAAAAAAUUCUGGCCCGCUUUGAGUUGCAAGUUCGCUAUAUUUUUUUGUUUUACAAAAUAGUUAAGCUAGCAAAAUACCAAAUGAAGCGGUAAAUUGUGGAGCGUGUUAAUACAUAUAGAUCUAUCUGGUUUUCAGUCAUUUCCAACAAAAAGAGUAAUAAAUAAAAGUAUGCCCUUUUCAUUCAAAGAUGGCGGCGUUUGCAUACGACGCAGUUCUGAUUCACAGCCCUGAUUGUUUUUUGUUUAUUUUUCACUACUUUGUACGUAGAUAUCUUUUAACUUUUGAAAUGUUGUUUUUAUCAACCAUUGACUACUGCAAUCAAAAUCGCCAAGUUUCCAAGUUUAUUUGAAUACCUCCGUAAAGGGGUCUGUACAUAGCUAAUUGAAUAACCACCUGUCUCUUACAAUAAAAUUUCAAUUAUAACUGAAUAAUCGUUAUUAAACCAUAUUUAAAUGUUCAAGAAGAUUUUUGUCUUUUCUUAUUUUUGGUUAAAAAGCUUUAGAGUUUUAGCUUAAAGUGACAUUAUGUUCAUAAUAUUCGUAGAUUGUAUGUGUAAAUUACAUUCCUUGUUCACUUGAGAGUGAUUGAAUUUUAAACACUUUUUAAAAAAUUUCAUAAAAAUUACUAUGAAUCUUGAGGCAUGCUGCUUUAAGUUUAGAGAAUAAUAGCCUGUGAUAUGGAUGUACAUAUGAAUCUAUAUUUAUUGUAUUUUAAUCACCUCUUUUUUAUUUUUCUACUUUUUCAUUAAAAAAACUUUAAACUUCAAAAACAUAUCUGAUUAGUGCAUUGUUAUGUUCGAAUGGUUGUCUGUAUAACCUUUUAUCUGUUUUUAAUAAAUCAUUAUCAAGAAA